GAGCUGAACGCUAGUCAAUCAUUUGCUUAGCCACCUUAAACUCGCUCCCGUCUGCGCGCCCCCGCGAGAGCUGCGAGAGGAGCUGUCGGCAGUGAGAUCAUAGGAGAGUCCACGCUUGAAGAAAGUAGGUUAGCAGGGUAGACUGAGAGGAAAGCAAGCGAAGAGACAGAGCGCAGUAGGGGGCGUUGAACAGCACUCGUCAAACCGUGUGGGACUAUUCUGUCAGAAAAGUUCAGCCAAAUCUAUCAACCGAGACCGUAAACGAUGCGAUCCAAAGCGACUUUCUGCACUGUUUUAUUUUGCUCGGACUUGACAGAAGGAUAGAGGAGUUUCGGUUAGCUUUUUUUUUUUUCCAUCGUGUAUUACGAGAGAGUUGUCUGCAGCCGGAAAGAAGUUAAUAUUUACACAGCCAGGUCACUCUGGCUCCUGCGUUUUAUCCUGCUUUUUCCUGUAAUCUACAUGAUCCACAUGUAGCCGAGUUUCCAUCGUCCACGAGUCAACAAGAAAACGUCAAACAUGAGAGCUCAAAUCGAGGUCAUACCCUGUAAGAUCUGCGGGGACAAGUCCUCAGGAAUCCACUAUGGAGUCAUCACCUGCGAAGGCUGCAAGGGUUUCUUCCGCCGCAGCCAGCAGAACAAUGCCAUGUACUCUUGUUCCCGUCAGAGGAACUGCCUGAUCGACCGAACUAACCGUAACCGCUGCCAGCACUGCCGCCUACAGAAGUGUCUGGCUUUGGGCAUGAGCAGAGAUGCUGUCAAAUUUGGUCGUAUGUCUAAGAAGCAGCGUGACAGCCUCUACGCUGAGGUGCAAAAACACCAGAAAUCCCAGGAGUGUGCGGGCUCCGGAGGGGGAGGACCUACCUCUCUGUCCUUGACCAAGGAGGAUGGUGUCUGUGGUAGUAGCCGGGAGGACGCUGAAGAGGGUCUGAGCCGGUCUUACAGCACCGGGGGCUCCAGCUCCACUCUCAGUGACCUGGAUGACAUCGCGGCGCUGCCUGACCUGUUUGACCUGCCGCUGACCCCCGAAGAGGCCAGCGAGUACUGCAGCCUGGAGCUGCUGGGCGGAGGAGCCAGCACCGGCAACACCUCCAACUCAUCGUCCUCUUCUUCUUCCUCCUCAUCCUUGUCCAAUCAGAAUUCCCCACAGCAGACUAUGCUGGACGGAGGGGACAGCAACGGUCUCCAGCUCCUGCAUACACACUCUCACACACAUCUGCUGGGACAUACGCAUGCACUGCUGGACCAACUGCCGGAUGACUGCUCAAUAACAGACCUUGAGCGCAUCACUCAGAGUAUUGUUAAGUCUCACUUGGAGACAUGUCAGUACAGCGCUGAAGACAUGAAGAGAUUCACCUGGGCACAAUACACACCUGAGGAAACGCGGGCUUUUCAAAACAAGUCGGCGGAGUGGAUGUGGCAGCAGUGUGCUCACCACAUCACCAAUGCCAUUCAGUAUGUGGUGGAGUUUGCCAAACGCAUCACUGGUUUCAUGGACCUGUGCCAGAACGAUCAGAUUAUUUUGCUGAAAGCAGGUUGUCUGGAAGUCCUGCUGAUACGAAUGUGCCGAGCUUUCAACGUCAACAACAGCACCAUUUUCUUUAACGGGAAGUUUGCCCCGGCUCACUUCUUCAAAGCACUUGGUUGUGACGACCUGGUCAGUGCAGUGUUUGACCUGGGGAAAGGACUCUGCCGCCUGCAGCUGUCAGACGAAGAAAUGGCUCUGUUUAGUGCCGCAGUCCUUCUGUCUCCUGAUCGACCCUGGCUAACAGAAGGCCAAAAGGUUCAGAAACUCCAGGAGAAAGUCUACCUGGCUCUACAGCACAGUCUGCAUAACCGCGGAGCUUCUGAUGAGAAACUGGACAAGAUGGUGUCCAAGCUGCCAACAAUGAAGUCUAUCUGUAACCUCCACAUUGACAAACUGGAGUUUUUCCGUUUGGUCCAUCCAGAGACCGCUUACAGUUUCCCACCACUGUACCGGGAAGUGUUUGGCAGCGAGAUGUCUCUGCCUGACUCCACCAACAGCUAGAUAGACAUACCAGAGAGAUGGAAAGAGUUUAUUCAGAGGCAGGGAAGCAAAAGGAGAGACAGAGUAGAAUAGAGAUGUUGAAGCUCAAUAACUACCAGCAGUAACGAGACAAUCCAGGACUUUAAAUACUCCGUCUCCCAUGAUCCCAAAGUAGUCCUCCAUUUUCCCAGCAGGCAAAAGCACCUUACACUACAGACCACACAUGCUCAUGGUCCUCUGCGUAUUGUAGCAUUAAAUACAAGCAGGAUGGGCAUUGUAGUAAUAACACAGCAGCCCACUUAGCAUGUGAACGAUCUAAGCUCGAACCAUUUUUGAACAUCAGAUCCACGGAGGAUCGCCCAACCAUUUAUGAAUGUACCUCAUCGAUCAGCACCAGUGCACCAUUAAGAACCUAUCUACAGUGAAUGUACAACCCUGCCACUCUGAGACAGAGUUUUACACGUAGUAAAAGAAGACAUGUUGAUCAACAGCUCAUUUGAUACAACUCUCUGUAUUAAUACAUCUCAGUAUGGUGUCCUUGCGUAUUCAUACUGAGAAUAUCCUUUUACCGACCAUUGCUUAUGGACCAAGAUCAUGAGUCAUAGUCCCUUAAAUAAAGGACACACAGAUAUGAUAUGACUCACAGCUCAGGCUGACUUCCAUAAUCAGCAUAGAACCAGUCUCGCACACAUUUAGACAGUGUUCGGUGCUGCCUCUUUGUAGGCUUUUGUAAUGCAAUGAGAAACCUCAGUCCCACACACCCCUUUCCUUGUAAAUGCCACUUAGAAACAGGAAAAGAUGAAAUUAUCUUUAAUUUAUAUACACAUUUAUAAACAAAUAUUUUAAAUAAGAAUGUAAAUAGAUGACUAUAUAAGUAUAUGGAGAGUGUUAGAACGAGAGAGUUCAGUCCAGAGAGAAAAGUGGAAAGCGAGACGUUAAGAGAUGCCGGAGGGGGAAAAAAGGAUGGAUAUUUCAUGAAGGCAGAUUUUUUUGGACUAAAAUGUUUUUCUGGACUAUUCACUUUUUUGACAGAACUCUCAGGUUUCCUGGGCAACAACCCCUUCUUGCCCACGACGCCAAAGCCCAACUGGGUAAGGCGCGGUCAAGCAAUGGGGUGGACACUUGUUGCAGAUGCAACGCAGCGGGGAGGGGGGCAGCAUACCCAAAACAAAGGCGAAAAUGACAUUGCCUUUUUCAUUGCAUCAAACUGAGAGAUUUCAGUGAACGCUGUCGCUGCCUUCCCCCCCUUGUCUAAAGAGACACCAGGACAAACAGGACACUAAAGAAAACGGAAAGCAAGGCAAAAGAAGACUUCAUGAACUGUAUGAUGAACGGGGAUACACAGGGUUUCCCCACCUGUUCUAAUCAUUAAUCAGUACCAUAGUUGUAGAAUAUUUGUCUUUCACUCAUAAUGUUUCAUUUUGGUUAAAGGUUGGGACGCUCAUGGUUCAUAAUAUGUAUCAUAAACCCUCCUUGCUGAUUGGAGCAUCUGUAUUAUUUUGUACAUUUGCUGUUCCUCUCUCUUUUAGUCCCAAAGCCAACACUUGUCCAAUCACCAAGCACUUAUACUUUCCUCUUUCUCGCAGGACACUAGUCUGAGGCCAGACAGAGCUACCAGCUGCCCCCUGAGUUGGGCCUCAAAGCCAGUAAGACUUUGUGGUUUUCAGUCAGUCAGUUCUUUACUUUCAUUUUUAAUUCCAUAUCUGUCAUUCAAAAUCAUCCACAUCUGUUUACAUGAAUCAUGUACAUAAAUAACACACUUCCUGCAGGUCGGUCUAGAAUUAAGAUGAUGGUAAUAAUGUCUUACUCGGGUGCUGUGAUGUUCUUGAUCAGUCUGCGGACCUGCGGCUCAGGGAGCUAGCUGUGAUCUCUUCUUGUCCCUUUAUAACCAGUGUCAUCUUUAAGCCUUGUGCUCCUCACACCUUUGCACCUAAGAUGAGACCCAUAACCAUUAUCACUGUGUUCUAUUUUUGUGAAUGUUACUCACAAAGUGUCAAAGCCCUUCCCGUUUGUCCUAAUAUUGUAACUUUACAGUUUUUCAAGACAAAGGAGUUCAUAAAAAAAAAACAUGACUAAAUCAGUUAAGAGUUAAAGAUGGAUUUUAUUAUCGGGCUAAAAUGUUUCUUUUGCUGUGAUUUACAUUUAUUUGUCAGUCUUUUCUUUACCUUUCUUUAAGUGGCUCCACUUUUGUCUUGUAAAGUCAGUGAUCUGUUUUUUUAUUGAAGAAAGAUUAGGACAAGUCAAAACGAAAAAGAAUAGUUUUUUCCCCGUCUCUUUCCCUUUUUGACAAAAUGUACAAGAGGUAUAUUACUAGUCCAAGAGUAACUGAGUCACACAGCGCAAUAUAUAUUGUUUUCCAAUGGGAUACAUUAUAUGUGGUUUUAAGAAUGUAAUAAAUGGUUUCCUUUUCUUUUAAAA